AUGCUUGCUGUAGCUACGCAGUGCAAUACCAAAUCGGACGAAAAUCAACGGCAGUCGUGGGGAGGUGUUGGUGUUCGCGAGGCACUACGUCCGACGCGCCUCCGAGCCGUGAGGGCACUCGGAAGGGUAGGAGAGAGGGACCGAAAGUGCACCUACUCCGGGUGCGGGAGAUCCUGGCGAGACAGAUCCCACAUACAAUGCACUGAGACCCAUCCGUCCCCUUGUACGUGCGAUGUUUGUGCACAGUGGUCGGCAUCACCUGUGGCUUCGAUAAUAAUAAUACAACGACCAAAAUAGCAUUACCAUUACAAAUCCCACAAUCUAACUGUAAAACGUAUGCGAGGACAACUUGUAAAGCUAAAAAAAGAUAUUAACGGGGCCUGUUCUUGCAGCGCCUGCGUUAGCGUUCCGUCCCUUCUCUAUUAGUGGACAAAGUGCGCGGUACUCUUCGUUGCUGGGUCGAAGUACAGAGCGAGCUUCGUAGCAAACUCCUAUGCUAAGUGAAGUCGUGACCUUGACCCGCACAAUAGUGGCAGAGCAAAACUCUCUGAUUUUCGAUAGGUAGGCUACGCAAUACAAAUUUUCUUCGUCGAGCCACGUGCUAACUCUAAAGCACACGACGCCAAAAUUAAUUCAAAACCAAUUCAAACCGAUUCCAAAGUGUAGCACUUUCGGUGUUUCGGAAACGUCGGAGCGGCCAGAAAGUCGCUUCCUUCGUUGUCUCAAAUCGGCUAACGUUGAGCGAAAAGCGAAGCGCCCCUCGCCGCCGUCGGCGUUGUCUUGAUCUAUGUUUCAGAAUGUAUCUGCUAUCGCGCAGGCCCCAUACCAUUGUGUGGGGUAGUGACCCGUCCGGCGCAUGGCUUCUGUUUGUGGCGAUGGCCUAGCCAUCUCGUCUGAACCAAGCGCCGUCGUCUCGCUGAGGCCGCCGCUUGGCGUUGGGUAUGGGUUGUCUUCUAUAAAGACGAGGAGGACGAGCGGCAGCCUUCGCGCAAAAAAGCAAAGGGCUACUCGGCAUUACCUAGCGCUACAGCUUCGUUGGCUGGCGCACGGUAGCAGGGG